UAGUAUACAAAGAAAAGUGGGUGUGGAAAGAACGAUGAUAAAUAACAGGAAAAAUGAUGUAAUAAUAACAAGGUUACGUAUUGGGCAUUCGGCACUAAAUCAAAGUCUAUAUAAAAAAGUGCUCCAUACUCCAAUCCAGUAGGUGGCGGUAAAUGCACCUUAAGUUGGUUUGCCACCCGCCAUUUAAACAACAAAAGAAGAAGAAGAAGAAGAAGAAGAAGAAGAAGAGCGUUAUCCAAAAAUGGUGCAUGUGAAGAUUCCAGCUCUGCUAGUUAUUCAGUUCUAGCUUUUGUUUUAAUAGUUUAGAGAUUCCACACAGUUUCUUUGAAAAUGAAUCGGCAUUGCUCCGUUACCGUUAUCAUCAACGCAAUGUGAGCUUACGUACCACAAACCCCUAGUCUCUUCAUGUUUAUAAAACAAUUCAUUGAAUCGCUUUACUUUAUUUCCGCUCAUCUACGAGUACUAACUUUAGUACAAACAGAUUUGAUUGUCUGCAAUGGCCAGUGUGCACGAAAGCUUGUAUUUCAAUCCCAUGAUGACAAAUGGGGUGGUUCAUGCAAACAUAUUCGGUAUCAAGGACUGGGUCACUCCAUAUAAGAUUGCGGUAUUAUAUUUACUCCAUGAGAUGUCCACAACUAAACCAAUGGCACUGUUAGACAGAAGACGACUUAACAAACUCAUCCUACCUUUACAACAGGGUCCAGAUUUACCCCUGGAGCAGUUUCUUAAGAUAGUGGAAGAGUGCUGUCCUCGGAUGGUCAAUGUUGUUAAGAUCAGUUUGUUUGUAAUGGCUGAUGGAGAGUUGCAAGACAUGGAGCAUUUCUUUACUCUCCUACCAAGUGCUUUCAGCGAUUCAGAGACAUUCAAAACCAGUGUUGUAGGUCUGUUCAUGCGUCAGAUGCUACUAGCCUACAAUAAACUGUCUUUUAGUCAGGUGUAUAAGCUGUACAAAUCCCUGCAGCAGUAUUGCCAUCGCAACAGCCAACCUGAGCAGUCUGUUCUGACCACCGAAGACAUGGAGCUGACAAGCAAUGAAGACCCCAGUGUUGACCAUAUAGACAAUGUUGAGCUGGACACACCAUCUCUACACCCGUCUGAACUGAGGUCUGAUGAUACACAAGGUCCUUUAUCUCAGAAACAGGCAGAAUACUUCCUCGCUCGACAGGCGUACCUGCUGAAGAAUGAUGAGAACAAGGCCCUCUCACCAGCUAAGCUACAGGACGAGCUUAACAACAUCCUCAAGUUCAAUCCUGACUUCGCUGAGGCUCAUUACCUCAGCUAUCUAAACAGCGUACGAGUGCAGGAUAUUUACAUCUCCACUCACAGCCUCCUCCACUAUUUCGACCGCCUCAUUCUGUCUGGUGGAGAGGGGAAAAGCAACGGAGAUGAAGGCUAUGGCCGCAGUUUGCGUUACGCCGUACUGAAUCUGGCAACCCUGCACUGUCGUUUUGGACACUAUCAACAGGCUGAUCUGGCUCUGCAAGAAGCUAUUCGCAUUGCACAAGAAGCAAAUGACCAUGUGUGUCUCCAGCACUGUCUGAGUUGGCUGUAUACACUAGAACAGAUGAAAGGAUCUGAUAACAUUGUACUGACUGAAGAGUCUGUGAAAAUCGCUGCCCACUUUUGUCUCCCUUAUUUAGCAUCUCUGGGAAUUCAGUCCUUGGUCCAACAGGGAGCAAAACAUGGCGUCCCAGCUAACAAGCUGCUGGACGCUCUGCGGGGUACAGACAUCAUGCACUGGAAGCAAAGCCUUUCUGAGCUGAUCGAAAUUAGCCUGGCGCAGACCACCUCCAUAUGGAGGAUGUAUGGCAAAAGCACAAUGGCACGACAGCAGGCCCAACUUCUCUUGAACAUGAAUAGUCUGGACCAGGUCAACUUCAGCGUACAACAGAGCAACACUGAGGCCAUUGCUGUCGUCCUCUGCCACCUAGCAGAGCUUCAUGCUGAGCAGGGCCUGUAUGGUGUUGUAAGUGACAUCAUGACACACCUUAAACAGCGGUUUCCUACUCAUACUCAACAUGCAAAGCUUUGGAUGCUGUGUGAUCUGAAAAUUCAGUUUGAGAAAGCUAUGAAUGAUGGGAAAUACCACUUGGCUGAACCUCAUGUCGCGGCUAUCUCUGCUUUGAACAGCACAGAAGGAUUGUACAGGAAAGCCCAGUUAUUGAAAGCAUUGAAUCAGACGUCUGAGGCAUCUAAGAUCCUACAGCAUUUGCAGCAGCUGUGUGAGAGGAGUAAGAACAUAGAGAUGAUCAUCAGGGUAAUGUUGUCCUCUGCUGAACUUCACUGGGACUCGUCGGGUUUUGCGACAGCUCUGCCAUUACUGCUACAGGCUCUUGCUCUGUCACGCCAGCACAACCUCCAGAGUUUGGCUUCAGAGACUGUCUUACACCUGGCAUUUACACAGCUGAUGUUGGGUAUUCCUGAGCAGGCUUUAGUAUUGGUUCAGGAUGUGCUGGAGUCUGUGUUAGCUCACGGGUCUCUGAUUGACAAGGGCAGAGCUCUGCUGCUGGCUUCUCGUUGUCAGAUGGCUCUGGCAGGAACAGCUGAUCAGGAACACAGACUGCCGGCUCUAGAACAGGCCAUGCACACAUUGGAGGAGGCAGCUGUGUAUUUUUCCCACCUUGACUGUAAAGAGCGUAUGAGGGAUGUGUAUUACCUACAGGCACGCUUGCAUCACACUCUAGGAAAUGUAUCACAACGCAAUAAAUGUGCAAUGAUGUUCCGGUUACUUGAUCAGGAGCUCCCACUGACUGGAAUGACUGUUGUCAAUCGUCUUUAGACAACCCCAGAUGUCAUUGUUUAUAUGAAAGAACAUGCCUUUUGCUGAGUGUAUCCGAGUGUUAUUUUCAGCACUGUAGGGUGUGCCUUGUGAAGUGCGUGUAAUUAAAAUACAUUUUGUUUUGCAUGUGAAAAA